UUUGUUUACUUAUUGUGUGACAACCUUGUACAGCAGCAUGUUUGUUUACUUACAGUGUGACAACCUUAUCCAGGAGUAUGGACCAACCAUUGCACAGCUGCUUGCACAGUUAGCUGACCCUGGUAAAGUAUGCGCAGAACUGGACUUGUGUACUAACUCCUCCUCCACCCCCUCCCAGCUGAGGAAUCUACCCCCACCUGUCCACACCCAGCAGAUCAAAGACAACACGCUGUACUUCAAGCAGUCUGGCCACACAGGGGAGAUAAGCGUGGCUUGUUUGAGCGGUCCAGAGCAGUGGUGUAAGGACAAAGAGACAGCCAGCAAGUGUGGAGACCAUGCCUUGCACUAUUGCAGACGCCAUGUAUGGAAGAGCUAAGCAGCAGAGGACGAGACACACUUCACAGCUGGAUUUCUCUCUCUUUAUUUGCCAUGUCUGCUUGAUUAGAGUAUCAACAAUGAAACUCAUUAGAUUUUUGAUCUGAAAUACAUCUUUGCUUUUGAUCUUUAUGGUUAAAAUUAAGUUAUCCUAACAAAAUGCCACACUGAACAUGUAAUAUAAGGUAUAACAUAUACACGAAAAUGGUCCAUCCGUUUGUAUGUUUUAUUCCAGAAAAUGAACAGUUAACAGGUUAGAUUUCUACUGUGCCCUUUGCAUUUCCCUGCCCUAUGUAGUCUUCACCAUUUUGGCCGAUUCCAGGAAGUGGAAAUUAGAAGAUGUUUUCUCUCACCUGGAGAUCAGAUAAAUACUUUGCUCACAGAGUAUAAAUGGGUUGAGUGGAUCAGUUGAUAGUGAGGCAUUAUUAGUGUAGUCGAAAUAUAGUAGUGAAAGCAGCAAACGCUGUAUUACCUAAUUCUUUUGGUCAGAAUGUGCUGUAAAUACUCAAACAUUACCUCGUGUUAUUUGUCAAUUUUUGAUGUGCUGUAUAUGGUAAGAGAAAUUGUGAUAUGUAGGUCUCUCUACAAGUGUACUCUAGUAGACGUUCUAGUAGCAAGUUAUCAUUUCUCCACCUGUUGUCAGAUGAACUCGCCAAUCCGUUUUCUAUUUCUGUGUAACGCUGUCUUUCUGUGUGAUAAAGUGUGAAGUUUUUCUAAUCCAGUACUUUCUUCAUGAUGUGUAUACUACCCUCUAUGUGCUCCCUGUACAUAGGCAGGUGAUAAGAU